GAAAUUGAGGUUAUAGAACUUAGAGAUCCCGGAUGAAAAUAAAAAUAAUUUAUUAAAAGAUCAUGAAUGAAAUAAACGGCAAAUGAUAAUUGGUUACCAUGGCGCUUUUAGGAGCUCAACUAGUUAUUACCCUUAUAAUGGUAUCAGUGAUACAAAAAUUGGGUAAUUAUUCAUUUGCAAGAUGGUUACUAUGUUCUCAAGGGUUGUACAGAUAUUUAUAUCCAGAUAAUAGCGAGUUAAAGACAUUGGCGGGAGUGCCGAAAGACAAGCCGAAAGGAAAAAAAGGUAGCAAAAAUGAACAGAAUGGGAAACCAGAGACUUUUCAUAUUCCUAGAAAUUUGGAUAUACAUUUAGAAAAAGCUCCCGUAUCCCCGUUAGAUGUAAUUCACUUAAGAUUUUAUACUGAGUAUAUAUGGAUAAUUGAUUUCACACUAUAUUCUAGUAUUGUUUAUAUUAUGUCUGAGAUCUAUACAUCAUAUUUUCCACUGAUAGAUGAAUUUAAUUUAAGUAUGGUAUGGUGCUUACUGGUGGUGUUAUUCUCAUUUAAAAUAUUACUCUCCCUCACGAAGCAGUAUUUCACAAGUGAUGAGUCAAUCGGCGAGAGAUCAACAUGCAUUGUAUCGUUCUGUGUGUUCCUACUCAUCGCUAUGAUGGUACUUAUCGUUGACGACAGUAACCUGGAGGUUGGAGUUGACCCUGCAUAUGAUAGUUUUUAUGAGAACGCCUCUAAGUUCCUAGAGAAUCAAGGUUUGAGUUCUGUGGGACCAGCUUCCAAGUUAAUCCUGAAAUUGUCUCUAGCUGUGUGGGCAGCUAUUAUUGGUACCCUGUUUACUUUCCCUGGCUUGAGAGUAGCGAGAAUGCAUUGGGAUUCACUUAGGUACUAUGGAGACAAUAAGCUAAGAGCGCUUCUGUUGAAUUUAAACUUUGCAAUGCCGUUUAUCCUAGCUCUGAUGUGGGUGCGACCGGUGACAAGGAACUAUCUUACUGUCAGAGUGUUCAGUGGAAUGGAAGCACCUAUCAUGACAUCAGACCAAUAUGACUCGCUGCGUCUCAUCCUCAUAGUGAUGUCCGUGGUGCUCCGCUUGGUGCUGAUGCCGCAGCAGAUGCAGGUCUACCUGGACAUGGCUUACCGGAGACUGGAGGAGCAGAAGAAAGAGGCUGGUAGGAUCACCAAUGUGGAGCUGCAGAAGAAGAUAGCGUCCGUAUUCUACUAUCUAUGCGUGGUCGCGCUACAGUACAUCUGUCCCAUGCUCAUGUGUCUGCACCUCGCACUGAUGUACAAGACGCUCGGCGCGUAUAGCUGGAUGGGGCUCGCGGGCGGGCCGACCGCCGACGGGUCGACCGCUGGCGGGCCGAUCGCUGACGGGCCGACCCCCGACGGGCCGCCCGCUGAGCACUUCCAGCUGGCGUGGGAGAACCUGAAGACGAUUUUAACAACAACCGUUUAUAGAGGAGUGCUUGGCUUCGGCUGCUGGUGGACCCUCUUUUCUUUCUUCCUAACAACAUCAUUGGGAGCUCUAUAUCAAACAUACUUCCGUACUUCAGUCUAAAUAUAUGAAUUAAAGAAAACAUUUAGUUACACCCUGUAUAACUCAAGAACGGCUGGACUGAUUGUUUUGAAUUAAACGAUUUGAUGGAUUCGCCGUACUGAUUAGUAAAAAAAAAAUUAAAAUAUAACACGGAAAAAAUAAAUUGAAAUCUUAAUAUUAUGACAAAUGAAGUGAUGUUUUAAAGUAUUUAUUUUCACAUUAAUAAUUUAGAUGAGUAUGAUAUUGGCGAUAUUUCAAUAUAGAUAGUUCAUCAUUUUGAAGAAAUAAAGAAUUGAGCUUUGAGUUAUGAAAACGGAAACUCUUAAAAUAUGUAAGUAAUUUCCUAUUUCAUAUUUUAAGAGUUUCCUAAAAUAUAAUUAUUAAUUAUUAUUUUAUUAAAAUAUAAUUUCAUGUUUUUUCCAACCCCUACAUUAUAUUAUUAAAAACUAUAAACGCACAAAGAUAAAUAGAGUACAAUAUUGAAAAUUGUUUGUUAUGUUUGUUACUAAUACAAUAUGCUAGUCUAGUGAAUGUCCCAAAAUUAUUAUUACCUUUGUUAUUAUGUGUUUAUUGUGUGAGAAUUUUAUGUAUAUCGUUUGAAGCGUUAUGAAUAGGGUUACCAGUUAAUUAGGUCAAAUUAUAAAACACUAGGUUUCCGCCCGCGCAGUCAGAGAAAAACCCGCAUAGUUCCCGUUCCCAGGGGAUUUCCGGGAUUGCGUCAUUUUUCCGGGAUAAAAAGUAGCCUAUGUCCUUUCU